AUGAACGACACUUGCUUUUCCUAUCUUGGCAAUGCUUCCCCGAGAAGUCAUCCAUAUGCCCCGUCUCUUUCCUCUUCCGCCUCCUCUUCUACAUCGUCAGUCUUCUCGGAGGCUGCAUCUCAGACUUCCAACUCUACCUCGCUCUCUUCCAGCUGGGGUGCAGAAGAAUGGAGCUCCGGUUCCCGACCCAUCAUCUCGGGAUCCUUGGCUUCUCUAGCGCCCAUCAGCAGAGUCAGCACCUUUCCCCAGUAUCAGGCGCCAUGCCGGGACACUGCGCGCGACAGGGUUCUCCCGCCUCUGCGUACGGAGGUCCCCAUGCUCACGGAACAGCGACAACAUCCUCGCCGGUCGUCGUCAACCAUUGGCCGUCAGCCUCCCCAGCUGGUCCGCCAAAGCGAUCGCAAGGUCAACUUUGUCGACUGCCUUGUCGAUUCCGCCACUCAAAUGGUUGAAGUGAUCUGGCCUACAUCUGUGCCCGCCAGCCGGUGCGAGUCGUCAUCUGGACGUGGUGUGCUUCCUCUGCGCACCUUUAUCCAAGAGACUCUGCGCCGUUCUCGGACGAGCUACUCAACUCUUCAGGUUGCGUUGUAUUACCUGAUCCUCAUCAAGGCACAUGUGCCGAAGCAUGACUUCACUAUGGAACAACCUGAGGAUGUUGCGUCCGUCCGAGCCCUGCAGUGUGGCCGCCGCAUGUUCCUUGCAGCUCUUAUCCUCGCGUCUAAGUACUUGCAGGAUCGCAACUAUUCUGCACGUGCCUGGAGCAAGAUCUCUGGCCUCAAGGUGUGCGAGAUCAAUACCAAUGAGAUGGCCUUCCUCGCAGCUGUGAACUGGAAACUCCACAUCACCGAUCCCGUGUGGGAUAAGUGGCAGGAGAUUGUUCUGCGUCACACUCCGUCGAACCCGCCCCCAUCUCCUGGCGGCUGCCUACCCAACACGUGGAAGCACGUCAUCCCGUGCUUGACUCCCGAGUUGGAUAUCGUUGAUGUCACUCCCAAGACACCCAUUACUCCUGUGCGGCCAACGAUUCAAUCUUAUGCCACUCAGUACCCCGUCCGAUCUCCCACGUCGGAGCGGUCGUCCGGAUCACAGGAGAGCACGCCUACUCCAUCCCAUUACAGGGUUCCACGGUUCCUUGAGCCGAAUCCUGAUCUUCUCCCCCCUACUCCGUGCCUUCCACGCUUGGGUCCCUUGCCUACGCCUACUCUGACACCUCAGUCCACUGUCGCAAACACUCCUGCAGCGGGUGCUAUGGCAUUUGGCAUGAGACGUCCGUCUAUGUGUUCUGCAAUGGCGCAGGCGCAAAGCUCGUCUUUGGCGCGCAGCUGCGUCGACCAAUACACCCCCAGCAUUAGGAAUGGAUUGGAGGCCUACCACUUCCCCAGCCGACGUCCCUCUCUUGCGCCCUCGACUGCAUCGUCUGCCUCAUCGCCCGAGUCAAUGAUCACAGACAACUCUCGCUCUUCGCGUGCGUCCUCGAUUUCGUCCGUCUCGUCUGCUGGCUGGGCGCCGAAUCAGGCCAAAUUGGCCCGAUUGGCGACGUGCCGCAGCGCGAGGCUGCCGUAUCCUGCGCUGUCGAAAUGCAGCGAAUAUGCUGUUAGCGAUGUCAUGUCAUCACCAGACCUCGAUAGCUUCCACAUCGAUGAUUCCGAUGCUACCCCAGUCAAGGUCGACAGUCCCGCCGAGAUCUCCAUGCCUGCCGCCAAGGCGAACAAGAAGCGUGGUCGAUCGAAUACGGACUUGCAACAGAACGUUCGCCAUUUACUUCAGGAUUCCCGUUCUAAUUCUUACGGCCCCUCUUACGGUUCGAGGAUUGUACUGCCCGACCGCUCGGUCGCUCAGUCUUUCGUACCCACACCUUCUGGCGCGGAGUUGAAGGGGCUGCAGUCCCCCAAGUCCACCGUGCCGGAACGUCGGGUGCCGUACCAGAAAGAGUUCGGCAAGAAGCGGACAUGCUGUGGAACCGAGGCCGCCCAAGGUUUCCGGCGCUCAGGCCCUGGAAUGUGGGAAGGCGUGCUAUAG